CCGCAAACGGAAGUGCGCGCGUGCAGAGGAGGCGAACCUUCGGAAGGCGCGCCACUGCUUCCCUCCACCGCUUCCCCGGUUUGCUCUGUUUACUCUGUUUACUCUCCAGUGCCUCCUUCCUCCUCUUCGCUCUCUUAUCUCUCCUUCAGUCAGUGAUCCUCCCCUCACUCGACUCACUCUUGUUCGCAUCUUCUCGCAACUCCUCCCUCCAUUGCAUGCCGCCGCAUUCCUCCUCCUCCUCCUCCACCCUGCAACCAUGAGCCUAUCCUCCUCCUCCGCUGCGCCGUCCGCAGACCCUCCCGCCGCCGCCGUCCCUGCAGAGUCCCCUGCUGCUGCUGCGUCCGCGUCUGCCUCCCGUCAAAUUGCCAGCGAACCCCUAAUUGCCGUCGUUCCCACGCCGUCAGCCUUCCGCGAGUACUUUGCGCGUCCGACCGUCGCGGCCUUUGUGGCCGGCGGUGUCGCUGGCGCCGUCUCCAGAUCUGUCGUCUCCCCGCUCGAACGUAUGAAGAUCAUUAUGCAAGUCCAGGGUCCUGGUGCGUCUAGCUACCAGGGUGUUUUUGGCACGCUUAGGAAAAUGUGGAAAGAAGAAGGCUGGCGCGGUUACAUGCGCGGUAACGGCAUCAACUGCGUCCGUAUAGUACCAUACAGCGCUGUUCAGUACAGCAGUUAUACAAUCUAUAAAGAGUACAUCAUGGAGGAAGGCAAGACCGAACUAGACACGCCGCGCAGGUUAUUAGCCGGUGCUCUGGCCGGCAUUACCUCCGUCGUCGCAACCUACCCGCUCGACAUUGUUCGCACGCGUCUCUCGAUCCAAACCGCCUCGCUUGGAAAUCUGCACGUCAGACCGGCUGACGCCCCUGGAAUGUGGAGCACCACAAAGCAUCUCUACCACACCGAAGGCGGUCUGCUUGCGCUCUAUCGCGGAAUUAUCCCGACAAUUAUCGGUGUUGCUCCAUAUGUCGGCCUCAAUUUUGCCGUGUACGAAAGUAUGAGAGAGAUGGUUGCCGACGACGACGGAAAUAUUGGUGCGGGUGGAAAACUGUUUUGUGGAGCUGUCAGUGGGGCCGUCGCUCAGACAUUAACAUACCCAUUUGACGUCCUGCGAAGGAGAUUCCAGGUUAACACAAUGAAAGAUCUCGGGUUCCAGUACAACUCGGUUUAUGAUGCAAUCGUCUCAAUUACAAAGAAGGAAGGACCAUUCGGAUUAUACAAAGGACUCUCUGCCAAUCUCCUCAAAGUCGCACCGUCGAUGGCCAGCAGUUGGCUUAGCUACGAACUCGUGAAGGAUUUCUUACAAAGAUAGAUCUUGUCUAUUAAAGACAGAUCUCGCAUUUCUUUUCUAUCUGUUUCUAUUUUUGUUUGCGCUAUUUGGUUACUAAAGGGGUAUAAAGUAUUUUCCAUGAUCUGUAAUAUUAAUCGGUCUGUUUGUAUAAAGAAAUUUGGCUGGCUUAACUACCGUUUAUAAACUGUUGGCGGGUGUCGACAGACUGCAUUCUGUUUCGUUUCGAGUAGCAUUUGUCAAUUCAAGUUGAUCAUCUCCUGAACUCCCAUCUGAGCCGCAGACUGAACGGCGCACCCUAACCUACUAUGUAGCACAAUUAACCCUACACUUUUUGAGUAGGGUUACUGUUCCUACGCGUGACUGCUUUUAUUCUGGCCGCCGCCGAGGGACUGCGACAGAACCUGAGCGAGCGAGGCGCCAGGCGGACCGUGGC